GUUAUACCCGCAUCAUUACGGAGCUGUUCAGCUGUUAGGAAGUUGAUGUGUACUUGAUAAUGAGGGCCAUGCACCUGUUCGCGGCCACGCUUCUGACCGCACUGGCCGGCGCGCGCUCGCAGUGCAUCUCGCAGAACGACGCCGUGCCUCCCCCAGCGUCGCCGGACCUCACUCCACUCAACGACUUCGGCGUCGACCUCUUCAGGAAGGUCGUGUCUCCGUCGAAGAACUUCAUCCUCUCGCCCUUCAGCGUCUGGAGCGCCCUCACCCUGACUUACUUCGGCUCCGAGGGCAACACCAAAUCCCAGAUGGAGCAGGCGCUUCGCUUGACCAACAGAGAAGACACUCUGGCUACCUUCAAGGCCGUUGAAAACAUAUAUACUUCGAGAAAUAACAAUUAUACCAUUGACACUGCAAAUAGAAUCUAUGCAAAUAACACCCUCAAGCUGAAGGACUGCUUGCAACGGGUGUUCUCGGACAAACUGGAAACGUUAGACUUUGGCAACGUUGAUCUCGUAGUUGAAACCAUAAACCAGUUCGUGAGCACAACCACCCGUGGCAAGAUAACUUCGAUCGUGACACCCAACACAGUCAGGGGCGCUGCGGUGGUCCUAGUCAACGCCAUCUAUUUCAAGGGCUUCUGGGAACGGAAAUUCGCGGCGGAAGACACGAUUCCAAGGAAGUUUUUCAUCUCGGCAAAUGAGCAUGUGAUGGUCGAUAUGAUGCACCAGCACGGAGAGUUCAAGCACGGCUUCUCCAAGGAGCUCGACGCCCAGGUCCUGGAGAUACCCUACCGAGGGAACGGCGCCUCCAUGUACGUGUUCCUGCCGAAGGACAAGGAGACUGGCCAGGAGCUUGACGACAUGCUGGGGCGCCUCAACCCCGACUCGCUCGCCGCUGCCCUCCGUCAGCUAGUAUAUGAAGACGUGGUUCUUCGGUUUCCCAAGUUCAAAUUCAAUAGCAGUAUUGAUGACGAGUUGAUGAAAGCUCUCAAGGCCCUUGGCAUCUCCGACCUCUUCUCCAGCGCCUCCGACUUGUCCAAUUUUGCUCCCGACGACAGGAUCGCCGUCUCGAAGGUGAUCCACAAGGCGGUGAUCGAGGUCGACGAAGAAGGCGCAGAAGCAGCAGCGGUGACGGCUGUCAUAGGCGAAGUCAUCGUCUCUAUCCAACCGCCUUCGCCGCCCGUCAACUUCUUCUGCGAGCGCCCGUUCUUCUUCACGAUCGUCGACACCAAGUUGAAUAACAUCCUUUUCAUGGGAACUUUCAGAAAACCUUAUGGGACACAGGCCGCCGGAUGGAAGAGUACACACGAAUACAGGAACACGAUACCAAGAUCUAGGUACAGUGCUGAGAUGCGGUGUGUCGCGUCCGGCCAGCCAACACUGGGGGCCGGAGGCUGGUUGAGACCUGGACACGGGGACUUCUGGAGUAGUUACUCAGCGGUGGAGAGAGAAACACAUAGAACCAUGAGGGCAGCGGUGUUGGCGACGGCGCUGUCCCUUUCCUUCGGGCUGGUCAGCCGUCAGUGCAUUUCCGAGGACGACUCCCUCAUCCCGCCCCCGAGAACAUACCUCGGCCACAUCGCGCCCUUCAGUGUCGGUCUCUUGAAAGAGGUUCUUCCUGCGUCGGGGAACUUCUUCUUCUCGCCCUACAGCAUCUGGACGGCGCUUGUGUUGGCCUACUUCGGGUCCAACGGCAACACGAAGACCCAGUUGGAAAGGGUCCUUCAGCUGGGCAACCGGGAAGGCGCUCUGGCCUUGUACAAAAGCGUGGAUCAGUUGUACAGGUUGCAGGAAAACAACCCCAAUUACACGGUUAAUGCAGCUAACAGAAUAUACAUCCAGGAUGGGCUGCCGCUCAGAGAGUGUCUUCAGACGGUUUUCUCGAACGAAAUAAGAACCGUUGAUUUCCGCCAGCAACCACAAGCCGCUGCGGGGGAGAUCAACAGGUUCGUCAGCGACACGACCAGAGGCAAAAUUCCGCAGAUAGUGUCAGCCGACAGCGUGUCAGGAGCCGUGAUGACGCUCGUCAACGCAGUCUACUUCAAGGGCCUGUGGGACAGUCAGUUCAAGGUCGAGAACACGUCCCCGCAGAGGUUCUUUGUGGGGCCGAAUAGACAUGCAACGGUCCCUAUGAUGAGCCAAGAAGGCAACUUCAAUUAUGGUGAGUCACAGGAGCUGGACGCCCAGGUGCUGGAGAUGCCCUACCGGGGCGGCCACGCGUCCCUGUUCGUGCUCCUUCCUCGAGACCAGGGCACGGGCCGGGAGCUCGACCAGCUGGUGCAGCGCCUCAGCCCCUCGACGCUGACGGCGGCGCUGAGGGACACUCGCGACCAAAAGGUCCAGCUCAAGUUCCCCAAGUUCAAGUUUGAGAAAAAGAUCGAUAGCGCGCUCCAGCAGGCUCUGGCGCGCUUGGGUGUUGCCGAUUUAUUCUCCGACCGAGCUGACCUCACAAACUUCAAGUCGGACGGCGGCCUCCAAGCCACGGGGAUCAUCCACAAGGCAGUGGUAGAAGUUGACGAAGAAGGCGCAGAAGCAGCCGCGGCCACGGCAGUUAUAAUUGCGAUCACGUCGGUGUUCAUCCCACCCCCGCCCGUCCGCUUCACCUGCGACCGCCCCUUCCUCUUCCUCAUCCGGGACAAUGACAUCGACAACAUCCUCUUCAUUGGGGCUUACAGGGAGCCUUAAAGAGCCUUUCCAUGGCCCUUUUUUCUCCGUUUGCCUUUUCUUCUCCUUCCUCUUCCUUCCUUUUCCUCCUCUUCCUAUUCGUCCUAAAAGCCAGAAGUGGGGGAUUUCUUUACAUAUUCUUCUUUUUUUCUUCAUCUUCCUUAGUGACCACAGAGAUAAAAUAAUAAAUAAAAAUCAGACACGAAAAAGGUGCAAACAAUCUAUUCCUUUGAAAUAAACUUUAAAUUAUA